UGCCCCACACAUCACACUCACUCAUGAUCGUUUAGCCUUUUUUUACUCCAAACUCUUCCUCCUUUUUUCCCCCUUUUUUCUCGUCCAUGUCUUAGUCCGGAGACAUGAUGGGGAACUCCGCGUAUCUAUGGACGUUUGGGCUUCUAAUCGGACUGCACGUUUUGGCGGUGGUCGCGCAGGAAGCUGAAGGUUCGGAUGACGAUAAGCCGUGCGAGGCGGACGGGCAGACGUACACAAACAGGGACAUCUGGAAGCCGGAGCCGUGUCGGAUCUGCGUGUGCGAUAACGGGCUGGUGCUGUGCGACGAGAUCCAGUGUGACGACGUGGUGGGCUGUGACAGGACCGUGGUGCCCGAGGGGGAGUGCUGCCCCGUGUGCCAGGACUCCGGGAGUACAGGAGGAGGAGGAGGAGGCCAGGGAGGAGGAGGAGGAGGAGGGAGCUUCGGUGGUGGAAAAAUCUAUAGGGGUCAGAAGGGAGAGCCUGGAGAUGUACCUGUGGUGACUGGGAUCAGAGGGCGACCUGGACCAAUGGGUCCUCCAGGAUCUCCAGGACCCAGAGGACAACGCGGAAACAAAGGACGACCGGGUCAGCGAGGCCCCGCGGGUUACGAUGGAGAGCCAGGUGUUCCAGGAAACCCAGGAGAGGCCGGACCCCCAGGACACCCCACUCACCAGGGGGGUUUGGGAGCUCACAUGACUUCAGGAUUUGACUCGAAAACCGGACCCCAGGGAAUGCUCAGUGGAUCAAGAGGAGAAGCCGGAACCAGAGGACCUCCAGGACCAAACGGAUCCCCUGGUCAGUCUGGACCUCAGGGACCUCCUGGAGAUGUGGGUGACCCUGGACACAUGGGGCCGUCUGGUCAGAGAGGACCCGAGGGACCAGCUGGAAAGCCUGGUGAAGAUGGUGAAGCCGGAAAAGCUGGAAACUCCGGAGACAGAGGCUUCCCCGGAUCACCUGGUUCCCGUGGAUUCCCUGGCACCCCCGGACCUCCUGGACUCAAAGGACACAGGGGACACGGCGGACUCCAAGGACAGAAGGGAGAGACGGGAACGGUCGGAUCCAAGGGUGCUACAGGUCCCUCUGGUCCCAUGGGCGCUCCAGGACCAAUGGGCCCCGCGGGUAUGCCUGGAGAGAGAGGUCGUCCAGGACCCGGUGGUAUCCCGGGAAAACGUGGUUCAUCUGGAAACAUGGGCAAACCAGGACCAAUGGGUCCACUGGGUAUGAACGGUCCUCCUGGAUACCCAGGAACUCCAGGAAUGAAGGGACAACCAGGCCCCACCGGAGUCCGAGGUCCUGAAGGUCCCCAAGGACAGAGAGGAGAGACCGGUCACCAAGGCAGAGCAGGACCCACUGGACUCGCUGGCCCCGCAGGAGGAGAUGGAGGCCCAGGACCCAAAGGACCAGUGGGUAACAUCGGUCCUCAAGGAGGCGCUGGUCAUCCAGGACCCUCCGGACCUCCUGGACCUCAAGGCAGCACCGGGCAGCCGGGUAUCAAGGGACAACUGGGAGACGUUGGAGUCCCUGGAUUCAAAGGAGAGGCAGGACCAAAGGGAGAACCGGGUCCCCCCGGCUCUCAGGGCAUCCUCGGACCUCAGGGUGAAGAGGGAAAGAGAGGACCCCGAGGAGACUCUGGAGCUAUUGGACCACCCGGACCUGUGGGAGAGAGGGGACCUCCUGGUAACAGAGGAUUCCCGGGAGCUGAUGGACUGCCUGGACCAAAGGGAGCGCAGGGAGAUCGGGGUGUCUCGGGUCCUCCAGGUCCUAAAGGUGCUCUGGGAGACCCUGGUCGCACUGGAGAGCCUGGACUUCCUGGUGCCAGGGGCUUGACUGGAACGCCUGGAGUGCAAGGAGCUGAGGGCAAACCGGGUCCACUGGGAGCUCCAGGUGAAGACGGUCGUCCUGGUCCAGCCGGAUCCAUUGGGAACAGAGGUCCAGCUGGAACCAUGGGAGCUCCAGGACCCAAAGGAUUUGCUGGUGACCCAGGGAAGACAGGGGAGCAGGGCUCAGCUGGAGUGCCGGGUCAGAGGGGACCCCCGGGUAAAGACGGAGAGGUGGGACCAGCCGGACCCCCAGGACCUCCUGGCUCUGCAGGAGAGAGAGGAGAGCAGGGACCCCCAGGAGUCACUGGAUUCCAGGGUUUGCCCGGAAACCAAGGCCCUCCUGGAGAGCCUGGUAAACCUGGAGAUCUGGGCAUUCCCGGAGAGCUGGGUCCCGUCGGACAAGUCGGACCAAGGGGAGAGAGAGGGAUCCCAGGGGAGAGAGGAGAGCUGGGACCAACCGGACUACAGGGACCCAAGGGUAUCCCCGGAGCGCCCGGUCCAGACGGGCCUAAGGGCAGUCCAGGACCCCCAGGCACAGUGGGAGAUGCAGGUCCUCUAGGUUUACAGGGAAUGCCCGGAGAGAGAGGCAUCUCGGGACCACCAGGACCCAAAGGAGACCGGGGAGCGAUUGGAGAGAAAGGAUCAGAGGGAACGCCAGGAAACGAUGGAGCCAGAGGAGCCCCAGGGCCUGUGGGACCAGCCGGACCUGCAGGACCAAGCGGAGAAAAGGGUGAACCAGGACCUAAAGGACCCCAUGGACCUCCAGGAUCCAGAGGCGUUCCAGGGUCGAGAGGAGACCCUGGUCCCAUCGGUGCUGUUGGAUUUGCUGGACCUCCUGGCCCAGACGGUCAGCCUGGAGUGAAGGGAGAGCCUGGAGAGCCCGGUCAGAAGGGAGACGCUGGAUCACCAGGACCUCAAGGACAGGCCGGAGCUCACGGACCUCCAGGUCCAGUGGGUGUGGCCGGACUGAAAGGAGGAAGAGGAACUCAAGGACCUCCAGGUUCGAGCGGUUACCCGGGGCCAGCUGGGAGAGUGGGUGCCCCUGGUCCUCCUGGCCCGCUGGGAGAGGCCGGACCCCUAGGACCUCCCGGUAAAGAGGGUCCAGCCGGUCUGCGCGGAGACCACGGAGCUCAGGGCCGACAGGGAGAGAGAGGACCCCCAGGACCCCCAGGCACCCCCGGAGACAAGGGCGACUCUGGAGAGGACGGGCCCACGGGCCCUGAUGGUCCUCCAGGUCCUGCUGGUACCACCGGACAGAGGGGCAUUGUGGGUCUGCCCGGCCAGAGAGGAGAGAGGGGCAUGCCCGGCCUGCCCGGACCUGCUGGUCCUCCAGGAAAGCAGGGAUCCUCAGGCGCACCCGGAGAGAAAGGUCCAUCUGGUCCAGUGGGAACGCAGGGAGCGAACGGACCCCGAGGAGAUCCUGGUCCAGAUGGCCCUGCUGGUUCUGACGGUCCUCCAGGCAAAGAUGGCCUCAUGGGACAGAGGGGCGACAGAGGAGACCCGGGCGCAGAGGGGCUGGUGGGACCUCAGGGACUCCCAGGACCCGCAGGACCGGUCGGAUCUCCAGGACCGGCCGGGAAACGGGGAGAUGCCGGUUCAAGAGGACCAGUGGGACCCCCAGGAGCAGCCGGAAAGAGAGGCCUAGGGGGACCUCAAGGACCUAGAGGAGAUAAAGGAGACCUGGGAGAUCAUGGAGAGAGAGGACAGAAGGGUCACCGAGGAUUCACUGGACUCCAGGGUCUGCCCGGACCUCCUGGCACCACCGGAGAACAGGGAGCUCCAGGAAUCGUUGGACCCAGUGGAUCCAGGGGCCCUCAAGGACCCAUCGGACCCCCAGGAAAGGAAGGCUACAUCGGGCAGCCGGGACCCAUGGGACCUCCUGGAACCAGAGGCAUCACAGGAGAAGUGGGACCAGAGGGCCCUCCAGGAGAGCCCGGACCCCCAGGCCCUCCCGGUCCCCCCGGACCCCCCAUGGCUGCAAUGGACGACCUGUUUGCGGGAUCACACGACUACGACUCGGGCCCCCCUCCUCCUCCAGAGUUCAGUGAAGACGAGGCUCUGCCCAACAGUAACCAGAGCACCAUCGUGGCCGUGGACCCCGGAGUCCAGGCCACUCUGAAGGCCCUGAGCAGCCAGAUCGACAGCAUGAAGAGUCCCGACGGCACCAGGAAGCACCCAGCUCGCACCUGUGGAGACCUCAAGCAGUGCUACCCCGACAAGAAGACAGGAGAGUACUGGGUGGACCCGAACCAGGGCAGUGCAGAAGAUGCCAUCAAAGUGCACUGUAACAUGGAGACAGGAGAAACGUGCAUCUCUGCCAACCCAGAGAACAUCCCCAAGAAGGUGUGGUGGACCUCCUCCAGAGGCAAACCUGUGUGGUGGGGAGCAGACAUCAACAGAGGGACACAGUUCUCGUAUGGAAAUAAGGAUCAGUCUGCAAACUCUGUGACGGUGCAGAUGACAUUUAUCCGCCUCCUGUCUAAAGAAGCUUCUCAGAGCCUCACGUACCACUGCAAGAACUCUGUGGCCUACAAAGACGAGAGGAACGGAAACCUGAAGAAAGCCCUGAUCCUCAAAGGGUCCAACGACCUGGAGCUCAAGGCUGAAGGCAACAACCGCUUCAGAUACACCGUCAUACAGGACACGUGCACGAAACACACAGGCUCGUGGGGUAAGACCGUGUUCGAGUACAGGACCCAGAAGACGGCGCGUCUGCCCAUCGUGGACGUCGCCCCCGUGGACAUCGGAGGCAACGACCAGGAGUUCGGACUGGACAUCGGACCGGUCUGCUUCUUAUAAGACCCCCCACAAAAAAAAAAAAAAAAAACCUCCUCAAGACCGGACCAGGAACCAGCUCUGUGUAGCCCGGACCCCAAGACUCUAAACCAACCGGAGGCCAUUUUGUACAGACAGCUGCACGUGUACAAGGAUAUUUAUUAUGUCUUUCACUAAACCGGAUCUAAACCAGACCCAAUAAAAAGGACCCAGAACUGGACCCAGAACCAGACCUAAUCCAGACCCAAAGACCGGACCAAGCGCUUGUGUUUACUGUUUAUAGCCAAAGUUUUAUGGUGCUUUCUUCCCAAUUAUCCCCCGCCCCGUUAAAAAUGAACGUUUCCGGUAGUACUCCCAACUACUGUGUAAGAAAUUUCUAUGGAGUCGAAUGGUACUUCUACAUGUUGUUUUUAUAAAUUAGUUUUUGUUUAAUUUCAUUUUUUAUAAUAAAUGUUGUGUAAAAGUCUUUGUGGUGCUAUUGAGGAAGAGGAGCUGGGAUUUGUAUGAAUGUGACACAUCAGCUUGUACUGCCCGCGGAAAACUUAUACUCGCCGACGGCCACCAGGGGGAGACACCGCGCCACUGUAAAGACGAGUUUCGGCUCAGCACGCUUUUAGAAAAUGUGUAAAAUCUGUAGAAUAGGCUCAAAUCAGUGUUAUUAAAGAGUAUCGAUCCAUAUACAGGAGUACGUUUGCAUUCUAGUGAUUUCCGUGGAGGAUUUUUGAACCACUCAGACUUUUGAACACAUCUCUGAGCUGUUUGCAGUAGCGAUGUACGCGAUUAUAGAGCUGUCAGCUGCUCUGUUGUUGUCUGUGUGUACUGUAGAGUGUGUACCUCCCUCUCCCCAGACGCUUCCUCCAGCUCAGUACCUCCAGUCGUGACUCGGAGCGUGUUUACGACAGGUUUAGAUGAUUUAGUCCAGAAGCACGAACUGUAGCCCCGGGUUUUCUUUGGCGUCUAAAAAGUAUCUCCUCGGAAAAGAGUCCGGGAGGUUGACAGAUCGGGCGUCGGAGCUUCAGCUGCUCUUCUGGAUGUGGAGGAGAAGCGGCUCUACUCCAAGCUCUGUCAAGCUCUACCCUCUGUAAAUCUACGGGCGGACCCGGAGCUCAUUUCAGCUUUUUGUAUCCGGAAUUGUGUUCUUUACUGUUAGAGGUGAGAGAAGGAGCAGCGAUCGAAACCAGGACUAAACAAGAACUAAACCAGGACUAAACUAGGACUAAACCAGAACUAAACUAGGACUAAACCAGAACUAAACUAGGACUAAAUCAGAACUAAACUAGGACUAAACCAGGACUAAACCACCAGGACUAAACUAGGACUAAACCAGGACUAAACCAGGACUAAACCAGGACCAUAGGCGAGAGGAGAGUAGACAGAGCGGUAAAACUGAAUCUUCACCUUUGGUCGUUCGGCUGCUUCCGCACGACCGCAGCGACGCACCUUCCCCCGCGGCUCAGAGUCCGUGCUCCCCCUGGUGGUUGUAGGCGGUACUGCAGUGUUAGCUUCUACCUCGUGUGACACAGAGGCGGCCCGUGCACUCCGGGCCCAUAAUAAAGAUCUGAUGGACAUGAGCGCGUGUCACUGUGUAGUUUUUUUUUGACCGUGUAUUUUUCUGCAUGUUGUUUGCAUGCUGCAGGAAGGGGGCGCUGUUGGCUGUACUUUUGCUUUGCAUCACAUUAAAGUGUAAACUGUUCACA